AUGCCCACCGUUGCACCUCCCAGCAAAGUUCUCGUCACUGGCGCGAAUGGAUACAUCGCAAUUUGGGUCGUCAAGAACCUCUUGGAAAAAGGUUAUGCUGUCCGUGGAACAGUUCGUUCGGAAGAGAAGGCACAAUACCUGAGGACACUGUUCAGCGCUUAUGGUGAUAAGCACGAAGAGGUUGUUGUGGAGGAUAUCACAAAGGAAGGGGCCUUCGAUGAGGCUGUCAAGGGGGUUGACGCUAUUGAGCAUACAGCCUCGCCGUUCCACCUAAACGCGGACGACCCAGAUGAGUUGAUUAUCCCAGCUGUACGCGGUACAGUUGGUAUUCUUCAGAGUACCCUCAAACAUGGAUCCUCUGUCAAGCGUGUCGUCAUUACUUCCUCAUGCGCUUCUGUGCUCACUGAUGUUCCAACUGCCUCAACGUUUACUGAAGUCAACUGGAACGAGCAAUGUCUGGAGAUAGUCAAAGAGAAGGGACGCUCCGCUCCCAACAUGAUGAAGUAUAGAGCUUCCAAGACCUUGGCUGAGAAAUCGGCAUGGGAGUUCUGGAACCAGCACAAAAGCGAGGUUGCGUGGGAUCUCACAGUGUUGAAUCCCCCCUUUGUCUUUGGUCCAGUGAUUCAUGAUGUAAAGACAGCCGAAACUUUGAACACGUCUGCCUUGACCUGGUACAAAAUGGUUGCUCAUCCCACAUCCAACGGUGUCACCAACGAAUUUCUCGCAACGAACGGCUCAUGCUGGGUCGACGUGCGCGACCUGGCCGAGGCCCACUCUCGUGCACUGGAGAAAGCCGCCGCAGGUGGUGAACGUAUCAUCGUUAGCACUGGGCUAUGGAAAUGGCAAGACUUUAUUGAUGCUGCGAACGAAUUAAACCCUCCUCCUCGCUUGUCGCAGCCUCUUCCACGAGGCGUUCCUGGUGCAGGGACUCCGAACCCGGCCACCGUUCACCUGCUUUAUUAUGAUACUGCCAAAGGGGAACGUAUUCUAGGGAUUAAGCACCGCACAAUUGCAGAAACAACGAAGGACACACUGGCGGAUUAUGAAGCUAGAGGCUGGUAAACUGAUCCCGACCGCUAGAGAAUAAGAAGUAAGGAUGAUAGAGGCCGCAGGAAGGAAGUAACAUGCCAUGUAUUCGGAAGUCACCCAGAAGGAUAAAUUUUUAGUUGUACCAUGUAAAAGAAAGAUCAUUGAAACCAUACCUGUUGCUCUCAUUCCUUAGCUGCACAGUUUGUAGAAACUAGGAAAUAUCAGGGCCUCAGUCAUAUACAGAACAACUAAUGUUUGUACAGUUAAUGUGCUCAUAAUGCAUAGCAUUAUGUGGCAAAAAAGGGUCUUUUUCAAUACAAAAUUU